CCUCAAACAUUUGUCUUCUGUUUCCUAUAUUUUUUCUCAGGGAGUGUCACCAUCAAGACCGUGGUGUUCCCAGGUGAGUCGAGCAACACUUAUGUUGAGAUGGUCCCUCAGAAACCUCUGAACCUGAGGGCUUUCACUCUGUGCAUGCGUAUGGCCACGGAGCUCACUGGGAGGCGUGAAAUCAUCCUCUUUGCCUACCGGACCAGAGACUUCGAUGAGCUGAAUGUAUGGCGAGAGCUGGACGGCAGAUUGUCUUUCUACCUGAGCGGAGAAGCAGUUUUCUUCAAAGUCCCUGAGCUCGGGCCACUGGAGACCCACCUGUGCUUCACCUGGGAUUCCGGAUCAGGUGCGGCUACCCUCUUCAUGGACGGGAGGAGAAGUUCGACUAAAAUCUACAAGAAAGGUCACGCUGUGCGCAGCGGUGGAAAGGUUAUCCUCGGACAAGAUCCAGAUUCUUAUUUGGGUGAUUUUGAUGCCAAUCAGAGCUUUGUCGGGGAGAUCUGUGAUGUGAACAUGUGGGACUCUGUCCUCUCAGACAGCACGAUCCGAGACAUGUCCUCCAUGAAUAGAGUGCCCAGGGGAAAUGUCUUUGACUGGGAAAGUACAGAGCUUAAAGUUAAUGGGAAUCUGGAGGUUGUAAAUCGAGAGCUUUAGGCUCUGACUCUGAAUGCCUUAACGAGGGUAGUGUCAAGGAACAUGAUUUACUUUUCUCUGAAAUAAAAAACUUGA